AGCCCCCAUCCUGCACUCCGCAUUGGCAUUCGCUGGCCAUCGCCCCCCUGGCACUCAACGAUUUGGCAACUCACCACUCCCCUUGUGUUUGGUCUGCUGUUUUUAUUGGUGGGCCCCGGGAAAGAAAGGAAAAGAAAGAGAUAGAGAGAGUUAGUUAGAGAGAGAGAGAGUGAGACAGAAAGAGGGGGAGAGAAAGAAAGAGGGGAAAAGAGAGAAACAGAAAAACAGACAGAUACCGUUAGGAGGAGUGUGCGUGUGAGAGCGAGAAAAACAAGUGCAAGGAUCAAAGCAGAAAGACAGAGAGAGAGAGAGACAGGGGGAGAGAAAGAAAGAGAGGGAGACGUCAGCAGAGACAAACAGAGUGAGAGAAAGGGAGAGAGGGAGAGAGAGAAAGAGAGAGAGAGAAAGAGAUAGCAAGAGUUAGGAAAGGAAAAACAAGUUUCAAUGAGCGCCACCUCGCUCCCCCUCCGCAAUCCGGAUCUUCUGUUGUCUCACAAAGGAGAAACCGUGGACCCCUACUAUCAGGAGACGGUGCUGCAGUACACACCAUACAGGGGCCUCAUUCCCACGAUGCAGCGGGGGGAUGAGCUGGGCGUUGGCGGACUCGGUGGCACGCUGGGCCGUGACGAGUACAGCUACGACCGCGUGGCCACGCUGGAGCGAGCGGAGCGGGUGGCCACGUUGGACCGCAGUACACUGGGCCGACGCAUGGGGGGCGGAGGAGGAGGGGUAGGGGGUGACCCCCGCGACACCUACACGGUGGACGUCCGGGCCAGCGACCUCCAGCUGGGGCCCUCGUCAUCGCACCACAACCCCCACCACCGCAGGUCCGGACACCCCUGCCUCAGCUACCGCACCUGGCUCUACAGCGCACUGAUUGGGAGUAGUCUGCUGAUCACCACUGGUUUCUCCCUCUACCUGGGGAAUGUCUUCCCCAUGGCCAUGGAUUACCUGCGAUGUGCUGCUGGCUCUGGCAUACCUGCAGCCAUCGUUAGCUUUGCCAUCGCCAAAAACAGACACAUACCUGUGUCUGAUUUCCAGGUGUUGUUCGUGUCCUCGUUUGCGGUGACCACUACCUGCCUGGUGUGGUUCGGCUGCAAGCUGGUCCUCAGUCCCUCUGCCCUCAAUAUCAACUUCAACCUGAUCCUGUUGAUCCUGCUGGAGGUGCUGCUGGCCAGCACUGUCAUCCUGUCCGCUCGCUCUGCCGAGGACUGCUGCAGUCGCUCAAGGAUGGGGUACGAUGCACCUACUAAGCCUGUGAAAUUUCCUUCUCGAGUACUAAAGGCCUACUCAGUGAUAGAGGUGAUCCUGGGCAUCUCAGCUGUGUUUGGUGGCAUCAUCGCUCUUAAUAUGGAUGCCCUCAUGCCUGGCCCUUACCUCUCUGUCACAUUCUUCUGGAUCCUGGUGGCUUGUUUCCCCAGUGCCAUAGCCAGCCAUGUGGCCGCAGAGUACCCAAACAAGUGCUUAGUGGAGGUGCUGAUUGCCAUCAGCAGUGUCACGUCUCCUCUGCUCUUCUCUGCCUCUGGCUAUCUGUCCAGCAGCAUCAUCAGUGUCAUCGAGAUCUUCCAACAGGAGGUGCCCACCGCCAAGCAGUCGUAUGACGUCCUGCUGCUGAUCCUGCUGGUUCUGCUGCUGGUGCAGGCCAUCCUGACCGUGUCCACUGUGGUGCACUGCGCCUCCUACAAGAGCCACGCCCAGCAGGGGGCGCCAGAGUGGCCCGACGACAGCCUGCCCCCGCCGCCAUCACGCCUCUACGAGCAUCAGAUGUCCAAUGGCAGUUUGAGGGACUUUGAUAAGGACAAGGCUUGGAAGGCUGUAGUGGUACAGAUGGCCCAGUGAGAAGACAGGAGACGAAAGAUACAUACAUGCCUAAAAAAUGUGACAUCCACACACAUUGCUAGUUAGCACCAGUGUUGCCAGAUUGGGUGGUUUACCGGCCAAUUGGGCUGCUUGGGAUGGCCGUCUUCGGGUAAAAAUGGCACUUGGGUUGGCUGUUCUGUCUUUUGGGGUGGGAAUCAUCAAUCUCAUCAAGGCAACCCUGCUUAGUACUAGAGUUGCCACCUGUCCCGUUUUUUUCCUGAUUGUCCCAGUUUUUAAUGGCCUGUCCCAGAAGAAAAUACUUUCCUGGACACAGAAUGAAGCCAUUCUAAACAAGUAAAAAUGUCAUUUGAGUUUGAAAUGUCCAUUUUUUUGUCAGAUAGAGAUGGCAACCCUUCUCACUACUUGCAGAGCAAUCCUACCAGUAGUCAAUAGAAUGUACAGUGUGUAUAAGUGUUACAGCAAUGCGAGACCUGUAUGGUGUGGUAGGUGAUGCAAUGCCAUGAGUUCCCAGUUACAAGUAGUUUAACUUUUGUGCGACUAACUGAGAAACUAUAGUAGGAGGUAGCAAUAAGUGAUGUAUGUGAAUGUAGCUAGAGAGAGAGAGAGAG